UCGAAAAUCGAUGGGGGGAGAGAGGUGUUGGUCGCGCGUGCGUCGAUCGCUCGCGGUCCUCGUGUCGCCGCUGGACUGCCGGCAGUAUAGCACGCUCGCGACCUGUGGCGCGCACCGCACGACUUGUUGCAAGGGCCACCUGUUAAGUCAUGGAGGCGCCGUGAACCUCAGCGUGGGCCGCGAUGCCGCGCUGCUACAUGGUCAAGAAAGGCACCCAGCGGCACGAAGGCCCGCCGCCCUGCAGUCCCACGGAGGCAAGCGUCGCGCCCCCCUGCUACAGUCCUACAGAAUACUCGGCACUAACAGAACCACGCAGCGCCGAGUAUGCGGAGUUGGGGUGUAUGCCAGUGUCGGAGCGGUCCGCGGCCGACACUGAGGCGGCGCACGACUUGCUGUCUCUAGCCCAGGGCUUGCCACCGCUGCCCCCCACCACCGUCGUCACCGUCCUCCACGCCCCUGAACCGCCACCCCUCCUACCAGUCUACACUUACACUAUACAACCUACCAAUAUCUACAUACUAGCCGAGGAACCUCCAGAACCUAUCUAUCAAACCGUGCAAACUGUUACACCGGUACAAACGGUCGAGUACACCGUAGAGCCGCAAGUCAAUUACGUUGCCUACCAAUCCCCUUCUCCUGAUCUCCAGCCGGAAUAUAAAGAUAUAAACCUUGAUCCUGAACCUUUACCCGAGGAGACGGAACCGGAGUCGACCCCACUACUAAAGGAGAAACCAGCUAAGUAUGAUUGCAACGAGUGCGGUAAACGGUAUGCGACAUCGUCAAAUCUGUCGCGUCACAAGCAAACACACCGCAGCCUCGACUCGGUUGCGGCAAAGCGUUGCGGGGAAUGUGGUAAGGCAUACGUGUCCAUGCCCGCACUUGCCAUGCACGUGCUGACACAUCGCAUGGGUCACGUUUGCGGAGUGUGUGGCAAACAGUUCUCCCGGCCGUGGCUUCUUCGCGGCCAUCUGCGCUCCCACACCGGCGAGAAGCCAUACAGUUGCGCCGCUUGUGGCAAGGCAUUUGCGGACCGUUCCAACUUGCGCGCCCAUCUGCAGACGCAUUCCUCCGAUAAGAAGUACGAGUGCACUCGUUGCCAUAAGACGUUUGCGCUCAAAAGUUACUUAAACAAGCACCAGGAGUCUGCGUGCGUGCGCUCCGACGACGAGUGAGUGACCCCACUCCCGUUGACGAAUGAUUGCAACGAAUGAUUUCUCUAUAAACUUCUUUACACCUUUACAAGAAAUAUUUUAUAGCGUAGAAGCUCGUAGUUUCGACGGCGUCGAAAGAAUAAUAAGCAAUAAUAAUGUACCUAAUAUCGUUAUGGCUCUUUCCAUAAUUUUAAAAAAGUAAAUUUUAAUAUGUAAUAAAUUGUAUUUUUUCAAUUAUUAGUCCGGCAUCGACAUAAGCAAUCGUGUCAAUUUAUGGCAAGAGCCUGCAAUGUUACAGCGUAGCGUAAUGUUUACAUAGUAACGUAUAGGUAAGUUAGUGUCACACGUAUGGUGUGAGACGACUAUAGAUAGUAGUUACGGUGAUACGUAGAGACUUAAUGAAACCGUCGAGCUGUGGUACAAAGAGAGCAAUAAAGUAACGAGCGUAGAGAGACAGUGAUAGGCGCACGAGUAGCGUGCAUGCGUAGCAAGUAGCUUAGCGGGUAGCGUCUCGAGAGGACCAAACUGUUGCUCGGGCACUGCCGCUGCUUCAGCCGCCCGCCUCGGCCCAAGGGCCGCGCAAGGGCCGCGCACAGGCCACGCACGGGCCGCGCACGGGCCACGCAUGGGCCAUGCAUGGGCCAUGUGUCGCGUGUUGCGUGUCGCGUCUACUGUGCAAGGAAAAGCGCGCCGUGGCGCCGCGGGGUGUGGCGGUAUCAACGCAACUUCACUUUCUGGAUCAUGCUACAAUCUUGUUGGACACAUACUCACAGAUUAUAAAUUAGUACAUUGCGAGAUAAAGAUUAAUCAUUAGUGUUUACGAAACAUGAAAUAAAUAAUAUAUAUUUAAAUAAUGUAACAUAAGCGACCAAGUUCACAGACCUUUUUAAAACCUACAGUAAAAAUGUUUUUAAGUAGGUUUAUAUCUACACAACGUCCCACAUAUUGAUUGUGUGGUGUGACCUAUAAAUGGCAACGUCUAUUCGAAAGCUUGAAUAAUUUAUUUGAUUUUCAUGUUAUUAAUAUAGUAAUAUUACAAACAAAAUAUUACAUGGAAGCGUGUAAUUUCACUUAAUAAACAGAUUCAAUAAUUGUUAUCACAAAUUCGUUCAUUUUAUUUGCCUAAUAAAGGUAUAGAAUUCUAAAUAACUAAUUCAAUUACAAUCGUAUUAAACGCGAUAAUAUAUUCCAUUUAUUUACAAUAUAAAUUAAGGUACAAUCGAACACAACACUUUUUAUUUUUAUAGUAAUAUAAAUAGCAAUUGUCUAACUUUUAGAUAAUAUGUACCAGUAUUCUAAGCAAGUUUGAACUGGAAUACGUACUCAAUUUUGUUUAACAAUUAACUUCAUAACAACUAAAAUAAUGAAAUUAAUAGAUCCUUUAAAACAUUUUUUACUUUUUUUUGAAUGAUGAGUACCUGGUAUUUACCAAAAACAUAACUUUAGUUGACACAAGUUUAAAUACUCAUUAUGUUUAAGGUGAAUUGACAGUUAUUAAUUAUACUACAAAUGAUUCAUGACUGUCACCGAUACAUUUAUAUAUUCAAGUAUAAAUAUAUAUGUAUAUCCUGUCAACUAAAGGAUCAGAUACCCGCCAAAGUAGACAUAGACUGUCAUAGACGUAUACUAUCAUAAUUACGAGGAGCCUAAAAAUUUGGAUUCGCCGUAGAAUGUAGUAAAAUGCAUGACGUAAUAAUAUGCUACAGUUUGGUUCGUUUGCAUUAAUGAAAUACUUUCAUUUCGUAUGUUUUAAAAUAAAUUUACAAUAUUUCAUUGAUAAUGUUUAUAGAUAAUACGUAGUUGUAAACAUUUAAUUUUCUCGUGGAACGUUUCGAGUUCGGAUAUAAACAGAAAGCAAAAGGAUCGCUAAUGUAUGUUGAAAAGAGAAGUAUUUUUAUAGAGAGUUACAUAUUUAUGUGGAUAUUUGAUAUUUCACGACGACUUUCCGUUAUUGUAUAGCAUUUAUCCGUAUAGAUUGAUAGCGAUUAAAUUGUAAGUUUAUCGAUAAAAUUACAUAAUAAAAUGUUAUUACCUAGUCACUCUGUCAGUACUCACUCAGUGUUGUUAAUACACUACCACACUCAACUGUAAUAUGUGUGGAAUAAAGCAACAUCAUAAAAUUAUAAUAUUAAAUAGAUUAAUGUUACUGUAUAUGUAUAUAACAUUAAAUUACUAACACAUUUCUUUUGAUCUCAAAACAGUAUAUUAGUUUGUCACUGACUGUAUGCGAUAACUAUUAUAAUUUCACUAAAAUACGUAUAUCGAAGUUUUUUCUUGGUUGUGUAUAAAUUAAAUAUAUUUAAUAAUACUUACUAUUUAGGAGCGGUAAUUAUAUAAUUAUAAAAAUUCACAUCUAUCUCUCUCUAUUUAAACAUUUUCCGCCUUAUAUAAUCCAUGGUAAAUUAUAUGAAAUUCAAUAAAAGUAACACAUGAAAGUACGAGGAUUCAACGAAAACCUUUUUCUGAAAAAUUUAUUCAAGUUAUGCAGUUUAAUGUAAUAUUUCAGAUCAAUUAUGUGUAAUUCUAUUUAAUUGUAAGUAGAAAAAAAAAGAAUGAUACGUGCGUUACUUUGCUCAAUAUGCAUAGGUUAGUGUAGAUUUCAGUGAUUUAGCUUAUUUAGGCCUAAACGGUACAGUCACCAAAAUCUUAAUAUCUUAAUACCUAAUUCCCUUUUACAUUUUUGAUUGAUUUGAUUUUGGCAGAUUCUAUUUUUGUCUCCAUCAAGAAUAAAAAAAAAAUCGUAUUAAAAAAUAAUAAUAAAACAAUACAUUUUACAUGCAAUUGUACAAGGUAGUGUAGUUUUUUUUUUAUUAGAAAUAUAAACUUAUGCAUUAGAGCGUAUAUAUUAUUAGUAUGAAAUCAUAGAUUCGCACGCUUUAAACUCACCUUGAUAAUUAAUGUCAAUUUUGAUAAUUUCGUCAAUUCCCAAGUAGAGGAUCUUAAAUUCCUAUAAAUUUAUAUAUAUAUAAGUGUUACUCUUGUUCUUUCAGCAUUAAUCUGAACGUAUUUCUUAAAAAUCUAUUAAUUUUCAAUAAAGUAUCUACUAACCUAUAUAAUACUUAUUCGAGUACCUUCGCAAAUUUACGGGUUAUUACACGAUCGUAUAUAUAUAUAUAUAUAUCAUCGUAUAUUUAUUUAUGAGACAUAAAUUUUAGACUGAAGUAGUUUCACUUGUUUAACAGUUUAAAGUAUACAACAUAUGGUAAAACUUUAUUAAUAUUCACAGCACGUAAAUACUAAUUUUUAAAUGUGCUCUUACAGGUCUAUUUGUUUUAUAAUGGGCAAAAAUGGAAUAGUAACCCCGUCUGCGCUAUCGGUUUUCGCUGGCGAGGUGCCAGUGAGGUCGAGGGACCUAUAUUAUCUCUCAGUGAUACCUAUACUGCUAUGAAACCUGACAGGGCGGAUUGGCCAGCAAUGGGCUUGUUAUGUCCCAUUACUAAUAAUCCCUCUCUCCCUUUAGGUAUUUUUUUUUAUUUAUUUUUUAUUUGAUACAAAAUACAAAGUUACAAAAACAAGAUACAAUGGGUCCCACACUAGGUGAACCUGUAUCGUGGGCACCCGACAAAGAUUAACAAAUCACAAAUGUGUUAUAAUAAAAAGUACAUAGUGGGCGGGUAUUAAUAUAAAAAGGAAUAUAAAAUUGAAAUAGUGAAAAAAGUAAUAAAAUCAACAAUAUAUGUAGAUAUAGGUAUAUUAUAUGAUAGUGUAUUAACCCCUUUGUUUAGUCAAUUGAAAGAAUCUGUUCAGAAUAAGACUGAUAAGAGGAGCGCGGUUUUGAUGUUAUAAUAGACAGCUACCACGAAAUCGGGCAUUCGGAAUCGUCUCGAUUCAACAACUCAAGUCUUCCAAAAAACGUAAUUGGUAUCGAGAACUCUUGUUACCUCGAUAUUAUCAAUAUUUCAUAUUAUAUUCUACGUGUGUAAACAAUUUCGCAAAAUUACUUUCAGAACUACGUUCAGCACCAAUGGCUAUGUGCGUUAUUACCUCAAUUUAUUUAUGUGCUACUAUUUUAGCUUGGAAUAUAACACACAUUAUAAUAUAUACACGGACGAAGCUGUGGGCACAGCUAGUAUCAUUUUUAAUAGAAUUUGACGAAAAGAUAAUUAAAUUUUGUUGAAUCGGAAAAUUAGUAACAACACGGAACAUUCAACGGAAUUUCGAUUUGUAUUGCUAUUGAACAUCAGCAGACUCUCUAUGGUCGAAUCAAUUAUUCGUUUGUUUGUUUUCAUUUCGAUUAAAUUCUAUUGAAGUCGACUAUGUACUAUACAAAGUUAUAUAGAGUAUAUUUUAGUCGUUUAUUUCACCGUCGCAGUGGAUAGGUAUUCCGACAUGCAACAGGCGUUGAAAUUCCGAAUAACCGCUUCCCGCUUUGUGAACUGACGUAGGAAUUGGGGCAAAAUGUUUAUGCCUCUAUUCAUAAUCUGUAUUAUUUUUCAUUAAAUUUCAAAAGAGGAGGAGGUUCUUAAUUCGUUUGUAUUUUUUAUGUUAUUACCUCAUAACAUUUACAGUUGUAAACCGUAUUGGUUUUUUUUUUAUCUGGAACGAUAUACCUUCAGGAGUAUUUUUUUUUCGUUUAACAUAAUGUUAAUUUAUUUAAACAGGUUUAUUACCAAAUUAAUUAGAUAUUAAUGUGUAUAUAUAACGUAUUUCAUGCAAUAUAUUAUUAGAUACAAAAUAAGAUUAAUAUUUUUUCACUUAUGUUAUUUACGAUAAAAUUUUAUACAAAUUCACAUCCUAUUUUUAAAGUAGGAAGUGAAUUUUGAAGUCAUUUCUUAAUGCUCAUUUAUAUAAGGAACUCCUAUGUCAAAAUUUCAUAUUCCUAGACGGUAUGUAUGCAUUGUUAAGUGAGUUAUGUUUAUUUCGGGCUAAGAACAUAUAGCAUAGGUUAUAUUUUAAAAUGAUCCAUCUUACAGAAGAAAACCGUCUUCAAAAUUGACCAAACAUUCGAACUAAUUCCACCGAUAAAAAAAACAUAAAUUCAAAAUUUUUUCUCUAUUUAGGCAAUUAGAAAGUCAACGUACCUAAGUUUGUUCAUCUAUUUGUUAUUUUAACAAAUGAUAAUGUUCCAAUGAAAUUUAAUUUCACAAUUGUACAAAGUGACAUUAUCAUCAAUAUCAGGUUACGUAAAAUUUAAUACAAUUUCCGUGUUUGUACUCAAAUAUAACAUUAUUUAAAAGCUAAUUUCAACAUAAAUUGCAUUAUUCUAUGUAAUUCUCUUUUUGUCUAUGGUUUUAUCUAAUUUCAAUUAAUUACCUAAUUUUAAUGUGUCUUUAAAUUUAAAAGCAAUGAUGCUUCACACCUCAGAUGAAUAUGCUUGUACUAUAGAUGGAGGAUAACAUAGUUACGGUCUGUGCCUUUAAAUUACCUUUAUUUUUUUUUUAUUUAAAUGCAAGAUAUAAAUACUUAAUCUAAUUUGUUUACGUUCGUUAAAAUAUAUUACACAAUAUUUUUCUCGUUUUUCAACUCUUAUUUAAGGGAACGUCAGAGGGACAAAGUACCCUUAAAAUGAUGCUAGUAAUUUCGAUUUAUAAAUCCUAAAUAAUAGGUAAAGUGAAUUCGUAUAUAUGUAUGUUCAUGACUAAAAAGUUCGAAAUUUUGAUUGAUUCCCAUGAAAUUUGGCACCAUGUAGUUUUCAUGGCGUAGUUUAUUAAUACAAUAUCUGCCAAGUAUUACUUACUGAUUGAAUAUAUAAUAGUGUAGCGUGAACGACUGUUUUCUUUGUAUCAAGUAGCUUCAUUACGAGUAUGUUGAAAUUCCCUAGUUGUUAUGUUUUCGUUACUGCCAUGAACAACAUCGGUUUUUGAAAUCAUUUACCGGUAUCUGUAUCGUGUUUCUCAAAGGACAAUGAACGAUCAUAUAAUGGUUGAGUUUGCAAUUUUAUAAUUACGGUACGGAAUUUCUUAAUUUCAUUUCCGUUGCAAAUUGAAUUAUAAAGUAAAUUUGUAAGCUGAGCUGUUUGCCUUGAUUAUUUAUUAAUAUAUAUCGUUUUUGUUUUAAUUUUAUUAUGUAUAUAUCUAUUAUUAUGUUAUUUUUUUAAGUUAUAUUACUAGGCUUAUUUCAGUUUAUUUCACAAGAAUUUAAUGAAAAGAUGAUGAAGUUUAGUUGAAAUUAUUACAGAAACACUCUUAAAAUGAAAUUAAUAACAAAUUGUAACAUUUAAUCUAUCAAUCGUUUUUUAUUUAUUUUGUAUUACAAUUGUCAAUAGACUUUCUUUUGACCAGUUCAAUUAUUCAUUUGCUCUCAUUUUCAAUAAAUUCUAUUGAAACGGACGUUAAUUAUAAAUUUGUUUACUUUCGUGAAUUCACAAGUGUCAUAUAGUUAGUAUGUAGUACACGGGAAUGUACUACCAAAAUAUAAAUGUAAGAUUUUUGUAUAUGAUUUAAUUUAAAUUUAUGUUAGUAUAAAAUAAAUAUAUCAUCAUAAAACAAUAAAAAAAUUUGCAAAAAAGCUUUUCAAUUUAUAAUUUGGGCAUAGUCGAUAUAAUUGUCGUAAGUGAGUAGUUUUUAGUAAUAUCUAUUGAUUUUAAUUACAAUAUUUAUAUAUUUGUCCAAUAACAGAUACAUAAUUCUAUUGAAAUGAAUAUUAUAUCCUGUAUGGGCGAUGUGUGAUGGCUUUUUCUUUGUUACCAAUAUCAAGAGAAUAAAUACCUAUAUACCUAUAUAUCGGUAUGGUACCGGUAUUAUCCUUGUCUAAGUAUAAGGAUGUCCUAACUGAUCAUGAAAUUUAUAAAGAAAAUAACAUGUUUUAAAUUAUAUUGAAACUAUUGGCAAAUUAUAUUCACCAUUGUAUCAUUUCAUUAUUGUACUAGAAGUAUAUUUUAACCAUUCGCAUUUAAAUAUUUUGAUAUCCUCAAGAAACUUUUGCAUUCUUUCAACAGGUAAAAGUUAACAUAAGUGAUGUUUAAGCUGACAGAGGUAGCCUUUAUUACAUUUCGCGGGCGUAGGCGCUAAACAACUUCGCCUAUGAAUAUUUACUGUACUUUACCUGUUCGGAAUAAGGCCCAGAUUUACGAUUCCAUUUUAGAUUUAUAUGAACGGAAUACCGUAAGAUCGGAUGUCAUGUUAUUGGGAACAGGAAACAUAUUCGAUUUCUAAGGUUAGUGUCUUAUGUUCCGAUAUUGGACUAAGGUAUACUUCAAGAAGCAUCCCCGAAUAUUGUGAUGCUUCCUAUAUAUUAAAGUACCUAAUGUAAAAUCAAAUAUAUAUCUAAUAUUUAAUUUGUUUUGACAAUUUAGCAAUUUGAUCAUUUAUUUAUAAUUUAUCAAGGUAAAUAAAUUUAAAAUAAUGCUCUCUAAAUAUAGUUAUUUUAAUCGCCCGCGUUAUUACAAGAACAACAAAUGUGAAUCCUAUCGACUGUAAAAAUAAUUGUUCAAAGUUCCAA